AUGAACCGCAUCGACGUGCACCACCACUUCAUCCCCCCGGCCUAUGUCAACGCCUUCAACUCAACCUCUGGUGACCCCUCCGGCUGGCACCUCCCCAAAUGGACCCCAGAAUCGACCCUCUCCUUGAUGACCUCCCAUUCCACCCGCGCAGCCAUUCUCUCCCUGACCGCACCGGGCACCUCUAUCCUAUCCGAUUCCCCUAUGGACUCAGCGGCCCUCGCCCGGCAAGUGAAUCUCUAUGGUUGCCAACUUCACCGGGAAAACCCCACUCGGUUUGGUUUCUUUGCUAGCCUCCCGCAUCUGACACCUGAAACCAUCCCAUCGGCCAUUGAGGAAGUCGCUUAUGCUCUGGACACACUCCAGGCUGAUGGUAUCACUCUGUACACUCGGUAUAGUGGAACUGGAUAUCUCGGUCAUGCUGCUUUUGCGCCACUCUGGGAGGAAUUGAACCGCCGAAAGGCAGUAGUUUUUAUCCAUCCGACAAACAUCACUUCGGACGCUCAGGAUCAGCCUCAGAUGGGCAUUGCAAAGCUGCCACAGCCGAUUAUUGAUUAUCCUCACGAGACAUGCCGAACCGCGGUCGACCUGAUUACCUCUGGAGCUAUUUCGAAGAACCCCGAUGUCAAGAUCAUUCUGUCCCACGGAGGCGGAACACUGCCUGUUCUUGCUACUCGGGCGGCAAAUCUAUUGUACGAUGCGGGUCUGACCGAGAUCACCCCAGAGAUAUUCAUGGAGCAGGCUAGGGGUUUUUAUCUUGAUCUUGCGCUUUCCGGGAACGAGGGGAAUUUGGAGUUGCUGUUGGGCAAGACCGGGUUUGCAAAGCCAGGUCAUGUACUAUAUGGCAGUGACUUCCCUUAUGCUCCAGUUAACACCAUUAACAAGUAUGUAGGGAUGAUGGAGGGAUUCUUCGCAAGAGAAGAGGAGAAGGAAGAGGAGAUUGCCCGGGGUGCGGCGGUAGAGUUAUUCCCGCGAUUUCGGAUUGAGGAGGAUAGGGAGGAGGUACUGACGAACCCAGGCUAUUGA